AAUGGAGGAUCUCUUAGAAUGCACUAAAUGUGGAAAUGAAGUAGAUUAAAUAUUAGCUUUAUCAUGUGAACAUAAUCUAUGUCUUUAAUGUUCUGCUAAACUCUAUUAUAAACUAUAAUGUCAAACCUUAGUUUGUGAGAUCUGUUCUUCAUAAACUCUAUUGGAUCCAUCUGCUAUUGAAGUCUUAUAAGAUAUGUACAAAUUGCAGUCAUCUCGAAUGUCAACUGCAAAUUUAAAAAGCUCAAGAUAACAAAUCUAAUAUUAGGCAUCUACUCAUUCAAAAACAUCCUAAAUACAUCUUAAUACUUAACAAGGAUUAACAGUUACAUGUUAAUAACAUGCAAGUGAAGAAGCAUUACUUUAUUGUUAUACAUGUGAAACACCUUGUUUUUGUAUGGAAUGUUAUCUAUAAGGAUUACAUAAAAAUCAUGAAGUAAAGAAUGUUUAAAAGUCUUAUUCAAUUAUUAGAACAACCAAAGUAAAUACAUUAAUUAAUUUUAGGCUGAUUAAUUCUAUUAGAAGGUCAAAUCUAGUUAAGAUUAAUUAUUGUAAGAUUAAUGUAAAUUUGCUGCAAAAAAGAAGGAAUUAGUUGAAAUCAACACUUCUACAAAAAUGUAGAUUCAAUCCAAUUUUUAAGAAUUAUACAAAGCUCUUUAAAUGAAAGAGUCUGAACUUAUAUAGGUAGCUGAUGAUACUAUGUGUGAGAAAGUCAAAGAAAUUGAUGUAGAAGUUUAAAAAAUUUAAGCAUAAAUGGAUGUAUUAUUUUAUAUCAAUAUAUUUAUAGAAAUUAAAUGAUGUUUUAAGUGACAUAGAAUCAUAUUUCCCUGAUCAUCCAGAUUAAAGUCAAGCUAUUAUGGCUUUUAAUUAUAUUGCUCUUAAUAAUAGAAAAAUAGAUUAACUUACUAGAACCAUUCUUACUGAAAGAAAUACUUGGGGUGCUUCAUUAUAGUUAUAAUAUUAAUUGGAUCCACAAAGCAUCAUUUAAUAAAUUGAAGAUAUUAGAUCUACUAAACUAAAAAUUAUGUCUUUGAGAGCAUUAGAAACUGUUGAACCAACUAUUAAUGAAAAGAAAUUAUAUGAAAGAGCCAGAGAUGAUAGAACUAAAAGAUUAUUCUAAUUUUAAACUCCAAUCCAAUAAGUAUUUUAGGAUGAAAAUAAAGAAAAUAAUUAAUCAUUUACAUUAAAUAAUGGAGAGUAAACAUAAUUGUCAGAAUUCCAACGAAAAUUUUAAGAGGCUAAGAGAACUUUAUCUUAAAGAUAAAAAUUAAAUUGAA